AUGGUCAGGGGCGCCCGAGUGCUGGAGCUGGGUUGCGGAAACGGCCUUUGCUCGCUGGUGGCGGCCUCGCUGGGGGCGUCCGUGCUGGCAAGCGACUACAGGCAACUUCCCCUGGACUUGCUGCGUGCGGCCGCCGACGCCUGUGGAGCGCGGGUCUCCGAGCGCCUUCAAACCACGGUUCUGGACUUUGCCGACCCCAUGCCCUCCGCGCUGGCGGUGUCGACACGUCAUCGCGCGGAGAAGGUGUCCCCCACCGCUGAGCCACUUCCGGACCAUGACCUUCUCAUUGCAGCAGAUGUGGGCUACUCGAAAGCCUUGGCUUGGCGCCUGGGUGAGCGCUGUCGAGAAUCCCUCCAGCGCGGCAGGCGCGUGCUCGUGUGCGAGAGCCGCCAGAUGCCGGAGUGCCGCCUGGCCUUCUCCGAGGCAUUGAACCUCGACCAGAAGCGGGUGUACCGCCUGGCGCCCCGCGAGCCAGUGCAGGUUGAGACUGGCGCGCCACGAUGCCAGGAGUCCAUCCGAAGCCUUUGGUACUUGGAUGCCGGCGGAGGAGGAUAG